CGUUGAAAAUUUCGCACUAUUUCGAUCACUUUAUCUGUGUGAGCUGAGAGACAUCUUUGUAUAUUUUCUCGUCUUCACCGCUUGGAACCCUAACGCUUUUCCCUCAACACUCUCGCUGGAUCACUCUUCACCUUCAAUGGAGUCUCCUCAAUGUCACUGCUAGUAGAAAUUUCUUAAAUAAUUUCUAUGAGUAAAUGAUAGUCGCUCCUGGGGGUGUUUUUGGAUCGCAUGUUUGGAGAAACUUUUUUUGAUCUUCCUGGAUUCAUUACAACUUCUUAUAAAUAGUUAUCUGCUGAAAAUUGUGGGCUGGGUCAUCUAUGCCUGGAAACGAAGUAGGAGACAGGGUCCAUAAUUUUUUUGGUCAAGAAAACUUGUCCCAGGGCCAGUAUCAUUCACAGACAGCUGACGGGAACUGGCCAGGGCUAAGCAACAAUUUGUGGGCUGGUAGCCAGAGGCCUACUGCUGGACCUUAUAUUUCCAAUUUGAAGAAUUUUAAUCUACAGCAACCAGAUUCGGAGCAGGGACACACAAGCCCUCCACUUUCACGACAUGGUUUGAACCUAGGACAAUCAAAUCUGAGGUCUGACUCUGGCAGGAAUCAACCCCCAAACCAGCAAACAGCUGUUAAUGGCUAUAUGCAAGGACAUCAGAUUUUCCAGUCUAGGCACAAUGAAGCAAACAACAUAUUGGGAAUGGAUACUGAAGCUGAUUUGCAUGGCAUGUCAGGUCUAUCAAGAGGAAUGUCAAUGCUAGAGUCGCAACAAGGGGCUGGUCUUGACCACUACAAGAAAAACUUGACUAGGACUGAUGCUGCCGAGUCUCCUGUCAAUUAUGAUUUUUUUGGAGGUCAACAACAUAUCAGUGGUCGCCAUCCAGGCAUGCUUCAGUCCUUUCCUAGACAGCAAUCAGGGAUUAACGAGAUGCAGCUUUUACAACAGCAAGCAAUGCUCAAUCAGAUGCAAGAACUUCAAAGGCAGCAACAAUUUCAUCAAUUAGAAGCUAGGCAACAUAGUUCUAUGACACCACCAGCUUCCUCCAUUUCAAAACAGACAGUUGCCAGCCAUUCUGCAUCUCUUAUUAAUGGCAUUCCCAUCAAUGAGGCAUCUAACCACUUGUGGCAGCCUGAAGUUAUGGCGGCUAGUGCAAAUUGGCUACAGCGUGGUGCAUCUCCAGUUAUGCAAGGAUCCCCUAAUGGAUUUGUGUUAUCUCCUGAACAAAUGCGCCUGAUGGGUUUGGUUCCGAAUCAGGGAGAUCAGUCUCUUUAUGGGCUUCCCAUUUCUGUCUCAAGAGGUACUCCUAGCCUAUACUCUCAUGUUCAGCCUGAUAAGCCAGCAGCAUCUCAGGUUUCUAUCCAGAACCAGUAUUCUCAUGUUCAAGGUGACAAGCAAGCAGUGCCCCACAUAUCAACCGGUGGUAAUUCAUUUCCAGCCCAUCACUAUCCUGGAAUUUCAGAUCAAAUGAACUCAAAUGAUGGAACUUCUGUUUCAAGACAGGAUAUUCAAGGAAAAAUUAUGUUUGGUUCAAUUGCUCAAGGUAUGAAUAGUGGACUGAAUAUGGAGAACUUGCAGCAAGUGAAUUCUGAGCAAAGAGAUAUACCAAUGGAAGAUUUUCAUGGGAGGCAAGCACUGGCUGGCUCUUCUGAGGCUUCACAGGACAAGGUGGUAGUGCAGGUUCCACCACAGAGUGUGGCUGCCCUAGAUCCAACAGAAGAGAAGAUUUUGUUUGGUUCAGAUGACAACCUUUGGGAUGGAUUUGGCAGGAAUACAGGGUUCAGUAUGCUGGAUGGUUCAGAUAGUCUCAGUGGAUUUCCAUCUCUUCAGAGUGGGAGUUGGAGUGCACUUAUGCAGUCUGCUGUAGCUGAAACUUCUAGUAGUGAAAUGGGCAUACAGGAGGAGUGGAGUGGUCUAAGUUUCCGGAAUACUGAACCAUCUGGAAAUGAACGGCCUUCGACCAUUGAUAACAGCAAAGAGCAGUCUCUUUGGGCUAACAAUAAUUCACAGUCAGCGCCCAAUAUAAAUGCAAGGCCUUUUCCUCAACAGGAUGAUGUUAGCAGGCCCAGUACCACUGUAAACUAUUCCGGUCAUCCUGGAUUUCAUCAGCCUGGUGCUGAUGCUGCACAUGAACAGCAUGGGAGAUUACACACUGAUUCUCCCCAAAGAUCAAUUCCACAGUUUUUAGAAAGAGGGAAAUGGUUAGACUGCAACCCUCAGCAAAAACCAGUUGCAGAGGGGGGUCAUAUUUAUGGAAAUGCUGCUGAGUCCUCAGGUUUAGAAGCAAAUGAAAAGGCUAUUUCAGGUUCUUGGACCCAUCAACAUAUGUUAUCGUCCCCUAAUAGUAGCGGUGAGCCAUUGAAUAGAUCUAAUGGAUGGAAUGUUGUCAAACCAACCCCACCUGAUAACAAUUCUACUCUGAGAACCCGUGAAAAUGAAAACAUGUUGCAGUCUCAUCGUGAAAUGGGCCAGGUUCCUGCCAUGUGGGGGCCUGAUUCUGAUAAUAAUCCAUCUCUCGGGUUGGAACAUGCAAAGUCUGCAGGUAAUAUGCAAGCUUGUGGGGAAGAUUCUGGUAUGAAUGGUAUUGCUGCCAUACCAAAUUCUGGUCCUACAUGGGUAAGCCGGCCAAGCAACCAUCAGCACCCUAAUGUUGAUGUAUGGAGACAUGCAGAUUCUAUGGGGAACUAUAGAAGAAAUGAAGGUGCAGGAAAGUAUGAGCAUCACAUGGAGAAGAACCCUCUAGUUUUGGAGUCAUUAAAUAAUGAAAAGACAGAAGGAGAGGCACAUGAUAUGGAAAACUUUAACAAAAGGGAUAAUUCAGGUGAUGGUCUUGGCUCUAAUUCUUCACAUCAUAGAACUGGUGGUGCGAGAGAAAGUCCAAGUUUUGAGGGAAGUGAGUUGUGCAGCCCAAAGUUACCUGGUCAGGGCAAUCGAAGACCUUCUCUAACCCGUAAAUUUCAGUAUCACCCCAUGGGGGAUGUUGGUGGUGACAUAGAACCUCAGGGAAACAAACAUGUCAUAAAUUCACAGCCUAUGCCCCAUCAUCCCUAUGGAGGACUUAAAGGUCAGGACCAAAGCUAUCCUGGGCAGUCAAAUUAUGGUCAUUCUGAUGGGAAUUAUAUGGAAACAGAGAAGGGUGACAGAAAAAGCAAUGAUAGUGCUUCAAAAAGUGCACUGCCCAGUCACAUAGCUAAAACAUUGACGCCAUUUGAUAGAAGUGUUGGUAAUUAUGGUUUGAACAAGGCUGCUUCACACAGUCAAAAUAUUCUUGAGCUUCUUCAUAAAGUGGAUCAGUCAAGGGAGCAUGGCAUUGCAACAAAUACGAGCACUUCUAACUGCCAUUUAUCUUCCAGGGUGAUGGAUACUGAAUAUUCUGAUGGACCUGUUGUACAUCCUCAACGAAAUCAAAGUUCUUCGUCUCAUGGCUUUGGUUUACAAUUAGCUCCUCCCACUCAAAGGCUUCAUAUGGGAUCUUCUCAUGCUACACCACAUGUUACAUCUGAGACAGUGGAUAGGGGUCCUACCUGGUUGGCUGCUACUCAGACUUCAGCUUCUCGAGAGUCGUCUCAUGAAAAUAGGAACAACGUUUCUGGUUCCUCAGGACAAAGUUUUGAUAAAGCCUCGCAAUACAAUGCACUGGGAAAUAUUCCACAGGCUUUCACAUCUGGUUUUCCUUUCUCCAGGAUCCAUUCUCAAAAUCAGAAUAUGGCUAAUCUUGGUGGACAAGUAGCGAACACUCAAUGUGAUAGUGCAACUUUUGUUGAUCGGGCGGCUUCCACGAAUCAGAUAGGUGAAUAUUGUGAAAGAGCUCAAACUAGUCAAUCUGAAUUGGCAUCUGUUCAGGACAUGUCCAAGCUGAAUGGUAUAAAUCAAAUCCGUCCUGGAGAUCCUACCAUGCAAAUUUCAGCAUUGGAGGCUGGACCAGCUCCUCAUCCUUCUGUUUCAUUUAGUGCAUCUCUUCUUGGUGCCCCGUCAAAAGUUUCACACAAUGUAUGGACAAGUGUUUCUAGCAAGCAACAUCCUAAUGCAUUGAAGAGUCCACCCCAUUCCCAACCGAUUAAUAUUUGUGAAACUACAAGAGGACCACAGAAGCCAGGUACUGAAGAUUCAGAGAAAGAUGGUAAUGACGUCUCUCAGAAGCAGGUGUUUGCUGAAAGUGUUGAUGCUACAGAAGAGACUGCAAGUGCAUCACAUGUGAACGAACAUGUAAAAUGCAUGCCUGACGCAUCUCAAUCUAGCCCAGCUGCUACCUAUAGAGAUAUUGAAGAUUUUGGCCGGUCUUUAAGACCAAACACUCUUUUGCACCAGUCCAUGAAAAAUAUGGACUUCAAUCCAAGCAAUCAAGAACAACAGUUGGAUUCCAGCCGUGGACAACCAUCAUACGGUUACAAUAACAUGGUCAAAGAUAGGUUGGGUGAUAAUUCUUCAGUUCCAUGUGAUGGACGUGACACUAAUGCAACUUCUCAAGAGGUGAUUGGAUAUGGUCAGAAAAAUGCUCUUCAUGUUACUAAUAGUAACCACGUGACUUCUGUCAGAAGUGAACCUUCUAUGAUAAAUCCUCAGAUGGCUCCAUCAUGGUUUGAGCAAUAUGGAACUUUUAAAAAUGGUAAGAUGUUGCCAAUGUAUGAUGCACGGACAAUGAUUCCUCAAAAAAAUUUGGACCAGCCUUUCUUUGUAAAGAACCGAUCUGGUAGUUUGAAUCUUGGUAAUUCAAUGGAGCAAGUCAAUAGUCUCAAUGAUGCUAGUCAGCUUGGUAAUGCUAGGCAAAGUCCAGUGUCUACUCCGAUUGCAAGUGAGCUUGUGCCUUCUCAGUUGUUGCCUCCUGCAGUUGAACCUGAUCUUCUUAUGAGACUGAAGAAGCGUAAAAGAGUUACAACUGAACUCAUGCCCUGGCAUAAAGAACUGAAACAGGGUUCUGAAAGGCUUCGAGAUAUCAGUGCGGCAGAAUUAGGCUGGGCCCAAGCUUCAAAUAGAUUGAUUGAAAAGGUUGAGAAGGAUGCUGAGCUAUUCGAAGAUUUGCCAACAAUAAAGUCAAAAAGAAGACUUGUCUUGACCACACAGCUCAUGCAACAACUACUUAACCCUCCACCAGCUGCAGUUCUCUCUGCGGAUGUCAAGUUGCAUCAUGAUAGUGUGGUUUACUCUGUUGCUAGAUUAGUGUUAGGAGAUGCUUGCAGUUCAGUCUCAUUGUGCGGAAGUGACACACUAGUGCCCCCUGGCAGCCAAAACCACCUGCCGGAUACGCUUAAGCCAUCUGAGAAAAUCGACCAGUGCAUUUCGAAAGUGGAAGACUUUGUUGGUAGGGCGAGGAAACUGGAAAAUGAUAUAUUGAGAUUGGAUAGCAGAGCCUCAAUUUUGGACUUGAGAGUUGAGUUACAAGAUUUAGAAAGAUUUUCUGUCAUCAAUCGGUUUGCCAAGUUCCAUGGACAUGGACGAGGGCAAAAGGAUGGGGCAGAGACCUCAUCAUCCUCUGAUACAACUGCUCAGAAAGCAUACCCCCAGAAAUAUGUCACUGCAGUUCCAAUGCCUAAAAAUCUGCCAGACAGGGUACAAUGUCUUUCACUUUGACAAUUAAUUAAUUCAUUUUGCCAUCUUUCUUGGUCAGUUGUUUCCACAACCUCCUGUUUUUGGCCCUUUUUCAACUUAUAUUAUCGCCAUAGAACCAUACAACUGGCAAUGUAGGAGAAGAAUGGUACUAGAUUGCCUCCUCAACCAUGGGGGCUGUUAGAUCUUUGCAAUCUAUAUAUGUAUGUAUGUGUCUAGAUCUUUGCAAUCUAGUUAUAUUCUGCUUUUUUUCAGUUUCCAAGCCUUUUGUAUAUAGUAAGAUAAUAUAUGAAGUCUACUUAGUUUUAACCAAUACCAUUAGGCUUGGUUAUGUCUGAUUAAUUAGCAUGAGCUGUUCAUUUUUUUCCUUUGGAUAUAACGAGAUGUUCAGUGUUUACUCAAUCAUUUCUAUUUUCUCAA